AUGGCUUCAAUUAGUGGAGGGGUCGCCAAUAACGGCGAGGGACUGCAUUAUCAAGAGUUGAACGUCGAGACCGGCAAGAACACCGUCUUAAUGAUCCAUGGCGCUCUCCGUUCCGGCGAUGACUGGGACUUGAUCGUACCUCACCUACCCCGAGACUACCACCUUCUGAUCCCCGAUCUCCCCGGUCACGGACAAUCUAAAGAUAUCCUGCCGUUUUCGAAAAAGCUAUCAGCACGCCUGCUGGCCGACCUCAUCAGGAAGAAGGCGCUCAACGGCAGAGCUCAUGUCAUUGGAUUCAGUCUCGGCGCCGGAAUAGGGGUACAGCUUAUAUCGCAGUACCCUGACCUUAUCGAUGUCGUCUUCCUCUCCGGAUACGGGGCGGUCUCAGCUCCCCCAUCCGCCGUAGCAGCUGUUCUCUGGGCGCAGGAGCGCGGCGAAGCGCUUCUUCCAAAAUCAAUGAUCUCGUGGCUGAUGGACGGCACGGAUCUGAGCUCGUCAGGAUCUACGGUACCAAGUUAUGCACUUUGUCGUUCCAUCGCCGAUAACAUACACGCUGGAGAGGAGCCUUCCCCCUGGCCAGCAAGGACUCUGAUCGUCGCUGCUGGCAAAUCUGGCAUCCUGCCCACGGCCGAUAAUGCGGAUGCUGCGAGGAGGCUGCGAGAAAUUGCGUCGACUGUGCAGCCGGUUGGACAGACGAAGGCGUAUACCCACCGGCAGAUGCGGCACCCGUGGUGUAGGCAGGCGCCGCAGUUGUUUGCGCAGACGGCCACCAUGUGGUUUGAGCAUGGCACUGUUCCAGAGGGGUUUGAGGAGCUUUGA